GAUGAGCGUCUCCACACUGCCUCAAGCCCAUCCAGCCUCAGGGGCAGGCGGUGGCAACCCAUACAGCCCCUUGGACGGGGGGGACCCGGUGGCCGGGGGGUUCGGUGGUGGUGGAGACUGGAGCAUCAAUGGUGGUGGCGGCAGUGGCUGUAUCAGCAACAGCGUCGGGCACUGGAUCCUCGCCGUGGUACUGUCGCUCAUCAUCCUGUUGACGGCGUGCGGCAACAUCCUGUUGAUCGUGCUGGUGUUCGCCCACCGCUCCCUGCGCUGCACCUCCAACUGCUUCCUGGUGUCGCUGUUCCUGUCCGACCUGAUGGUGGCGCUGGUGGUGAUGCCGCCGGCCCUGCUGAACGUGCUGUGCGGCGCCUGGGUGCUGUGGGCCGACUUCUGCCCCGUCUGGCUGUGCUUCGACGUCAUGUGCUGCAGCGCCUCCAUCCUCAACCUGUGCGUCAUCAGUCUGGACCGCUACUUGCUCAUCAUCUCGCCGCUGCGCUACAAGCAGCGCAUGACGCCGCCGCGCGCCCUGCUGCUGGUGGGCGGCGCCUGGGGGCUGGCCGCGCUCACCUCCUUCCUGCCCAUCCGCAUGGACUGGCACCGGCUGGGGCGCGGCGGGGAGGGCAAUACGACGGCGGAGCUCGAAGACGUGCUUGGUGUUGGUGGUGGUGGUGGACUUGGUGGGAACGCCACCACCACCACCGCCGCCUUCCCGGGGCCGCACUACUACCCGCCGUCGUACUUCCAGCGCUUGCCCUCCUCGUCCGGAGGAGGGGAGACAACGGUGCAGUGCCGGCUGCGCGUCACGUUGCCCUUCGCCCUGGUGGCCACGUUCCUCACCUUUUUCCUGCCCUCCACGGCCAUCUGCUUCACCUACUGCCGCAUCCUGCUGGCGGCGCGCAGGCAGGCCCGACGCGUGGCCGCGCUCUCACACCCGCCGUACCCACACCACCAGCACCAGCACUCCCCGGGGCCGGGGGAGCCUUCGCGACCCCCUACCCCAGGACACGCAGCUCCUGACGGGGAUGACUUCAGCCAGCCGGACCCGCCACCCUCACGCCACGCACCGCUCUCGGUCAACAGUGAGCGGAGGCUAGCCCACCGGCAGGGCAGGAGGGCGUUGAAGGCCAGCCUGACUCUGGGCGUCCUGCUAGGGCUGUUCUUUAGCACCUGGCUGCCUUUCUUCAUCACCAACAUGGUUCAGGCGGUGUGUGAGUGCGUGCCGGCCACUUUCUUCGACUUCAUCACUUGGUUGGGCUACUGCAACAGCACCAUGAACCCCAUCAUCUACCCGCUCUUCAUGCGCGACUUCAAGCGUGCUCUGGCACGCCUGCUGCCCUGCUGCUCGCCCUCCGGGGGGCACUCUCCGCGACGGCCCUCGCCCGCCCUCUCGCUCUCCCUCCGCAACUCUGGCGAGCCCCAGUUGCCCUCCGAGGAAGAGGACGAGGAUGAGGAUGACGAAGACGAUGAUGAGGAGGGGGGGUCACUCUGCUCCGAGGAGGGGGAACGGCCGCGGCGGCUUCAGCCCACAGAGCCGCCGGCUACUGCUACGGACGCAGUGAACUUACUGGACGCGGAGCAGGCUCGCAUAGAGCUGCCACUGCUGCUGCCCAACCAGGUGGACACUCUGGACUAAGGGCUGCCUGGGGGGUUUGGAGAUUAUGUG